AUGGAAGACUGGGAGGCAGAAUUAUUCUCAAUGGCAUCAGAAGGGGCAAGAGUGGAGUCACUGCUGCCAACGCGAAGAGAAUUGGGAUUUAGAGCUGAUGUCGGUGGAAGCAUCAGCACCAUCGCCACCAUCACCAUACCAAUCAUCAUCAGCGUGUCCUGCAUGGCAGUGUCGUCAAUGCCGGGGUGUCUACCAGUCUAUGCAAACGGGACUAUAGACUAUAAUGGGGACCAAAAGAGACCACACCACCACCAACAACAACGACGACGCAGACCACCCGACCACGACCAACAACGGCAGCAGCACCACCGAACACCACCACGAAAAAAACACACUCACGGCGACGACAACCACGAACCACCACGCCGAAGAAGCCAACCACGCAUUAAAGAGAAAACUCGCCGACGACGCAACCAUCGGAAGAAGCAGAAGAAGAAGAAGAAGAAGAAGAAGAACCCUACAGCAUCACCGUCGCCUAUGCGCGACACCGAGGACGGCGAACAGCACCGAGGGAAGGAGAAACCAACGAGACAUCGAAGUUGCAGAAGCUCGUGGCCGAGCUGA